AUGGCUGAGAAAAUUGCUGUUGUUGAAAGUUUCCUGAGUUGCCACGUAUGUUCAGAGACUUUCAGAGAUCCUGUGUCUCUGAGCUGCAACCACAGUUUCUGUUCAAGCUGCCUGCAGGAAUUCUGGGAACAAGCUAAAAACAAAAACUGUCCCAUCUGUAAAAGAAAAUCCUCUAAAGAUCAUCUAGUAGUGAACUUUACACUGAAGGAACUGGCCGACUCCUUUGCUGGGAGACAGAAAACUGGAUCAUCUGAAGCAGAAAAAGUGGAGCAGAAAGUGGAGGUGGUGUGUAGUAAACAUCCAGAAGAAGCUCGAUUGUUCUGUAAAGAUGAAGGCAGAGCUAUUUGUCCUGUCUGUGAGUUUUCUCUCCACCAGAGUCACACAGUGGUUCCUAUAGAACAAGCAGUCAGUGACCUGAAGGAAAAGCUGAAAUCUGACUUAAAGUCUCUGCAGGACAAGAAGGACAAAUACAAACGAGUGGAGGAAACGUACGGAGAAAUGAGAGAACACAACAAGAAUCAGCUGUUGUCCACAGAGAGGCAGAUCAGAGCAGAGUUCAACAAACUCCAGCAGUUCCUGAAGGAGGAAGAGGAGUCCAGACUGGCAGCUCUGAGGGAGGAAGAGGAGCAGAAGAGGAAGACCAUCAGCAGAGAGAUGGAGAGGAUCCAGGAGCAGAUCUCCUCUCUGUCAGACAGCAUCUCUGCUGUAGAAGAAGAGCUGCAGAAACACAACAUGUCGUUCCUCAGAGGUUAUAAAGACGCUCAGACCAGAGCCAGAGCCCAGAGCUCACUGUCAGACCCACAGCUGCUCUCAGGAGCUCUGACAGAUGUGGCCAAACAUCUGGGCAACCUGUCCUUCAGAGUCUGGGAGAAGAUGAAGGAGAAGGUCCACUUCAGUCCUGUCAUUCUGGACCCAAACACUGCAAACCGCUGGCUCUAUCUGUCUGAUGAUCUGACCAGUGUGAGAAAUGGAGACACAGAUCAGAAACUUCCUGAUAAUCCAGAGAGAAACAUGAAGUAUGCAAAUGUUCUGGGCUCUGAGGGCUUCAGUUCAGGGAAACACAGCUGGGAGGUGGAGGUGGGAGAUCAUCCUGAGUGGAAUAUAGGUUUGGCUAAAGAGUCAGUUGACAGGAAGGGAGAGAUAUAUGCUUCACCAGAAUAUGGAAUCUGGUGUUUACUGUAUAAAGGUGGAAAAUACACUAAUGUUGUUGGUCAGACUGUCAGAGUGAAGAAGAAUCUCCAGAGGAUCAGAGUCCAGCUGGACUAUGACAGGGGGGAGGUUUCCUUCUCCGACUCUGAAGACAUGACUCAGAUCUACACUCACAGAGACACUUUCACUGAGAAACUCUUCCCAUAUUUCAGUAUUGGAAAAUCUGGAUUUGCCAAAACUACUGAUAUUAAAAUCUGUCCCUCUGAGAUUUCUCUGAUGAUCAGGAAAGUUCUUUAA